AGAGGAAAUCAUGGAAGAGUGCAGAAAUAUUUGGGGAGGGGUGUCUUUGCUCCACAGCGUAGUAGAUGGCAAACACCAGUAUGAAGUAGAGAACCUUCUCACAAAUGAAGCACGUUGCUUUGCCAGGAAGAGAGACAUGGUACAGAUGAUUGACAAUGUAGAUACACAGGAUUUGCCACCAGAGGAGUUUGCUCAGAUGCUGACAUCUGGUUCUUCUAUGCUGACGCUGCAUGGAGCAUGCACUGACAAGGAACAGCAGGAAAGCCUGGAAUCCAACACCUUACAAACGUAUUUCAAGGAGAACACCACCUUGUCCUUCAGCCUUGUCAUGGUGCGAGAGGAGUCUCUGGAGCAGGAGGAAGAAACCUCACAGGAAGUGGAAGAAGAGUUAGAGAGCAGCGAUUUGGAAGAUGAUUGUUUCCCGGAGAACAAAGUGCUGAUGGUGUCCUUGACUAACAUGAGUGUGUCAGUUCUGACAGGACGGGGCUACGACUCAGACAUUGCCUGCAGCAUGAACAAGGUGGUGGUGACCGCGAAGCAGUGUGAGGUUCAGUCAGUUUGCAAAAAAUAUAUAAUGCAAUGUCGUGCAAAUGGAAGAUUCCUUAUCCAGAGUUUGACUCAUACACCCAUCACUUCUGGGACGGUUAAGAGAACCUUUUGCAGGAGCUAUUCUACCUCAGACAUUACGAUUUACUACUACAAGUCAAACAUCAUGGAAGAUUUGCAACCCCGUUAUAAAGGUAGUCCCGUGGUCCUCAAUUUCACAGACACCAAUAACUUCCUGAAAUGCACCAAAGAUGAAACGGACCCGGAUAAGCCAGCAAUAUUGACUUUGGAGUGCUGUGAUAAGAAAGACCUGAAGAAAAUCUUCAAAGAUGACACAGUUACAUGGCCCUUUGUCUUCUACAUGACGUGUGCAAAUGCUGAAAGUCGCCGAUUUGAGUCAGCUGCCUACAACGGCUGGUUCAUCCACACCGUGGACAUCAACACCGUGGACAUGGUCAAGAGGCCAAGUGAACCUCCAACAGAAGAUUCCUUCCUCUUCUUCAUCCAUCCUAAAUGGAGCUAAAAGCAAGCUUAUCCCUUUCUCAGUUCGGCUUAUUCAGGAGAAGCAUGGGGUCUUAACCAUUUCAAAUGUUUGCAUAUGUAGACCUAAGUAGAACUGAAUUCAGCCACAGUAAAAUAUGGGUUAUGUUUUCUGAUUGGUGUAACCCUAUCAUCAGCAUCACAAGCAAUGCUGUGGUUUAAGUUGCCCUUUGACACUGAUCUGUCCAGUUCAGUAUCUUUCGCUAUAGUUAAAGAAAUACUCUUUAUAUAUAGCCAUUACCUUUGCGAGUAAUAAUAGUAAAGGAAUAUUUUACUCUAUAAGCCAUUACCUUUGCGAGUAAUAAUAGUAAAGGAAUAUUUUACUCUAUAAGCCAUUACCUUUGCGAGUAAUAAUAGUAAAGCAAUAUUUUACUCUAUAAGCCAUUACCUUUGCGAGUAAUAAUAGUAAAGCAAUAUUUUACUCUAUAAGCCAUUACUUUGCGAGUAAUAAUAAAGGAAUAUUUUACUCUAUAAGCCAUUACCUUUGCGAGUAAUAAUAGUAAAGCAAUAUUUUACUCUAUAAGCCAUUACUUUGCGAGUAAUAAUAAAGGAAUAUUUUACUCUAUAAGCCAUUACCUUUGUGAGUAAUAAUAGUAAAGGAAUAUUUUACUCUAUAAGCCAUUACCUUUGCGAGUAACAAUGCUCACAACAUUCUUUCUUUAGUCACAGUAACUUUUCUGAUGUAAGUAUUUAAUUUACGGCCAAUGAGACAUGUUUUGGAUCAGAAUGCAAAGGCACUUUCUACCCUAGUCUCGUCAAGAGCUGAUGUGUACAUUUUAACUGCUAUUGUAGUUAUACAUGUGUAUCAUUCCACAAUUUAUUCUUUUUCAUUUUGUUUUUGUAGACAUGUGUAGACAAUGACAAUGGUUUUGUCUUUUUGUGGGUUUUUCUUUGCUAUGUUACUUGUGAAAUAACAUUUUGUAUUUUUAUAUAUUUCAAGUCAAAUGUCACAGGUUUUACAAUGGCAUGAAUUGCUUUGAUACCUUUAAAACAAAAAAAAUAACAACGAUAAAUGUACUUGUGCAUUGUCUGUAAUACUGACAAACAUUUACAAUAUGCUAGCACAACCUAUAAGGAACUUUAUACUUUAACAUAUAAAACACAAAAUUGUGACUGAUUUUAAUUCUUCACAAUGCUUUAAAUAAUAAAAUAUUUAAAAAUGGGUGUUCAUGAAAUUCAUUUGUUCCUCAAUAAGUAAACUAGAGUAGACAGAGUUUAUCUUUUCAAAUGUAAUAAUUUUUCAAUAAUGGUUCCUUCUUUCAUGGUGGUUAGCUGUUGUAUUUAAGUUAUUAAAAAGCUCAUUAAAAUCCA